AUGGCCGAGUCGCCCACUCCGCCGGGGGAGUCCAGCAGCCCCUCGCCGGGCCGCCGGCAGCUCCGCGUGAGCAUUCUCCCCCCGCCCAGCGACCAGCAGCGGCCGGGCAGCAGCGAGGGGCGCCGCGAGACCCCAACGGGGCGUACGGGCCGCGCCGGAUCCGCCGGGCGAUCGAACAGUAAUUCCCGCUCGCUGAGUCGAUCGCCGGUGCGAACACCGUCAGCGGGAAAAAACUCACCAGGGCGCUCUUCCGCAUCCGUUUCCUCAAGAUCCACCGCAACACCGGAACCGGGAAGAAAGGGAAAAGGAUCAUUAUCAACAUCAUCCGCAGCAGUGGCUAGUACAAAUUCUACUUCUACAAUGAGAAAAAAAAUUAAUACACCCUCACCACGAGGAAGACAACCUUCCGCUAAAUCCGGUACAACUAGACGAAGUUUAAGUCCUACAGUUUCAACUUCCAAUUCUUUACGUCGUGCUUCACACGAUUUGCGAAAGCGAAAAAUUCGAAAAGCUAUUAAUUCAUUAAUUACUGCUGAAGAGAAGGCACGUGGGAAAGUAGAAACACAGUAUUAUGCAGAAUGGGUAAUUAUGAUGCAAACUAUAGCCCUUGAUAGUUUUGAUGCACAGAGACGUUUUAUUAUGGAACUUGGGGAAACACAAAAAAGAAUACAACGUGAGUAUGGUGCAAGAGCAGAACGUGCAGAAGAAGCUACGGCGAAGUUAAUAAAAGCCAUCAAUCACUUACUUGAAUCUAUAAAUACAACAGGUACUAAAGCACUUGAAGAAACAAAUUUACUUGAGAAGGAAAUACCGUUUACAACAUCCACUUAUACUCCAGUGGGGGAAAUAUUAUCAUGUGCAAAGGAUCCAUCAUCAUUAUUACGAGAUCCUUAUGUACCUGUUAAACCACGAGACCCACGAGAACCAGAAGAAAUUGCAAAGAUAGAAUCUUUCUUUAAGUCUUUCAUGAAACCAACAGUUCCUCAAUCUACAAGUAAUACUAACGACGAAAAUAGAUAUGGCGGUAGUAUUAAUGUGAAUAGUAAUAAUAGCUAUAGUAGUUUUAUGAGUUUUUCUUCAAAUGUAGAUGUUAAUAGUGUGGUGGUAAAAGCAGAUGAAGCAUAUAAUGAAGCAGUUCAUCUAUCAGAGGCUUUAUCUGCCCUUAUUGAUCGUACUCACCGUGGACUUCAACAAUCUAGAGAAAUGAUACGAGCACUACAUCAAACUCUUAAUGAAAAUUCUACACGUGUAAAAGUAGCAGAUGAUCUCCUACGUGAAACAACUGGAAAACAUCGUGCAGAAGUAGAUAGUGCAAUUCGUCUAUGUGGACAAUUUGGAAUGGAACUUCGUCGUCGUAUGGAUAGCAUAGAAGAAAAUGUUCGUGAUGCUUUAGAUGAACUUAUUCAACGUAGUACAGAGAUAAGUAUUGAAAAUAAUGCUUUUCAAGAUCAAGCUCAACUCUUACUGAAUAAGGAAAAUGCAAUGUGGAAAUAUAUGUCCCGUAUGGAGAAGGUAACAGUAGAACAAGGGAAAUUACUUCGUGAUGUUCGGUUAAAGUUAUUACAGCUCUGGAAAGAACGUUGUGGUGAUGGAGAUGAGGAACGGGCAACAUUAAAACACAGUGGACUUCCCACAAAGUAUCAAGAUCUCUUGGAAUCAUGUGAUCGAGAUACACUAUUACGUCUUUUACAUUUUGUUUCAUUGAAUGGUGAUGGUGUGGCGGCUCUUUUGAUCGGUGCACUUGACGAAUAUGCGAAUUUUAUGCUUAGUAACACUAUAGAAGCUCAGGAAGUAGUAAAGCGAUCUGCCACGCAGGCGGCUGUGACUCAACUACUGGAGAAAUUAUAUGAAGAAGGUGAAAUUAAGUGUAAUUCACGUCCCAUUGGGGAAACACUCGCGGAUACUAUUAAGGAUAUGGUAUUACACUACAAUACAUUCAUGGAAACACAAGAGAAACAACAAAGACGUUUGACAAAAACGAAAUCUUUACCAUAUGGAGGAGGAACAGUAGGAAUAGGAGGAGGAGGUUCUGUAAUGACCCAAACUGCAUUUUUUGAUCGACGUACACCAGUACCGGAGGAGUAUGCGGUUGAUAUUGCCUCACGUCCAUCCAUUAAGAUCAAACGACCAGCCAUUUGUGAAGGAAAUGCCACCCGCAAUGCAACAGAUGAAUCUACAGAUCCAAACUCCAUGGUAUACACUGCUUCCCUUCCCACUAUAAAGGCACAAGCUGAUUCUACUCCUGGUGGGACUGCUCUUAUUAGGAAGGCAACACCGCCCAUUGAGACAUCUCACAUAUUAAGUUAUUUGCAACGAAGUCAUCCAUCCGAGUUGGACACACCAGGAACUGCGACUAUUGUGGGAUAUGGUCGAUGGGGAGGAAAAAUGGCAAAACACUGCGAAAAUAAUAAUCAUGGUAAUAGUAAUAGCAAUAGUAGUAGUAGGAAUAGUUUCAGCAGAGGCAUCAGUAAAAGAUCUCCAUUGCCACCAGCAACUUCCUCACAUGUAAGUGUACAUCAGUUCUUGGGAAAAACAGAAAAUCCACCACCUGGUGUACCACCAAGGAAAACCAUCCUGCGGCAUAUGCUGGAAGAUCACUCUCAUGAUGUGGAGACACUAUUUAGUAAUCCCAAAAUCCAAUGUAAAUGUAUUCGUGGUGAGGAUGAACCGUUUCUUAAACUCCAGCGAGAACUCUUUGAGGAGGCGUUAAGUUAA